AAUUACAUCGGUCAAGGCAGACAGUGAUCGCGAAGCGCUACUCACGGAUGCCGCCGAGAAGCUGGGGGAGAUCCGAAACAUAAUGGCGAGUGGGCUGCUGAAAGAACUGGACUCGGCCGGUGCACGGGAGCUGUACUCAAAACAAUACAGCCCAGGACUACAGGAGUACGUGGAAGCUGCCUCAAUGUACUAUUACCUUAAGGCAGGUGGGGAUAUG